AUGUCGGGCCGGCAUCUGGCAUCCACCUGCAGCUGGAUCGAGACCAUCAAGACGAUCGACAGCUACGCGUCAACGAUGCCAUCACCGUCCAGCGAAAUUUGGGUGGUCUAUUCAUGUGAACGCUUGCAACAAUGUCUUACCUUUAGCCUUCUCGCCAGCACCAUCGGCAAAAUGACCUCCCUGGACGACAAAGAGGCAGCGAUCAUGGACUCCCCAGCGAGCUCCAGUCAGCAAAGCACGCCCACGAGCACAAUGCUGGUUGAUCACCGAACAAACCGCUCGAUACCCACCUUCCUGCUUCACCAUCUAAUACGGCCCUUUGGCGCAAAACUCAUCUCGCCCGGCAAGACGUUCCCGGCAGGCUCACCAAGGUUGACUGCGCAUAACACUGCAAAGCGAAGAUGUCACAUACAAGAGCGCGUAGUCGAGGGCAUGUACCUGUACGACCUAAGACCCAAGAAAAGCGCCAACAGCGAUAGAGGGCGAAACGAGAAGAGGAAGAAGCGCAUAUAUUACUUCGCAGGCGGAGGAUGGCAGAUGCCUGCUUCGUCUGACCACUGGGUGUUCUGCGCAGCUAUCGCGAACGAGGUGCCGAACACCACUGUGACAGUGGUCAGCUACCCGCUUGCACCGAACAGCCCUGCGCCGGUCUGCUUCGGCGCGCUUACGAAGCUGUAUCGGAAGCUACUUCAAGACGCAACGGAAGCCGGAGAGGAGUUUCUUCUGGCAGGCGACUCGGCUGGUGGCAACAUUGUGCUGUGUCUCACACUCGCAGCGCUUAAAGAGGACGAAAGCCUGCCGGCGCCGAAAGCGAUCCUUGUUCUAUCACCAUCCUGCGAUCUCAGCCGCGACAACCCCGCAAUAGAGGAGCUGGAACAGUACGAUCCGAUCCUUCGCGUGUGGUUCGUAAAGGACUCCGCCGCGAAGUGGAGAGGGGAGUGGGAUGCAGCAGAUCCUAGGGUCACGCCACUUCACGCGGACGUGUCACUUCUUGCGCGGAAGGGAGUGCAUGUUCAUGGCGUGUUUGGGCGGUACGAUAUACUGUCGCCGGACGUCACUUUGUUCCAGGAGAAGUUGGAGCAAGCUGGGGUCACGGGCGAGUGGUUGAUCUGGGAGAAGCAGAUGCAUGUCUUCCCGCUGGCAUGGCCUUAUCUGCUGCCGGAGAGCAUAGCGGCGAAGAAGUGGAUUAUCGAUCUCUUGAAGCGGAGCUGA